AUGCCACGUUCCUUCCUGGUCAAGAAAGUCAAGUACCCGGUGGCCAACCACCAUGCCGGCGGUCCCCGCUGGUACCGGCAGCCGUCCAGUCCAACGGAGGCGGCGCCGGUGCCGAGCCCGCAGCCCAGCUCGCCCAGUCGCGCCGUCGCCCUGCCAGCCUACGACUACUCGAGUCCAUCAUACGAAAGCGGGAGCACCGGCCUGGCACCCGUGACGGUGCUACCUGGCGGCGCCCCGAGCCCAGCAGGCACCGAGGCGAAGGAGUACCACGAGUUGUCCCCACCAGCCUUUCACUUGUACGGCAACGAGGACGUGGCGAGUAAUGUGGACGUGGUGUCCGAGCCGAGCCCCCCGGAAAGUCGGAGUGAAAAGCCUCCCUUGACCGAUGGUCGCAGCCGGCGCAAGGGCCGCGACAACUCGCCCCGCGCCAAGCGCAGUCCAGAGCGGCCGCGUUACACGUGCGGCGAGUGCGGCAAGCACUACGCGACCUCGUCGAACCUGUCGCGCCACAAGCAGACGCACCGCAGCCCGGACUCGCAGCUGGCCAAGAAGUGCCCGACGUGCGCCAAGGUGUACGUGUCCAUGCCGGCGCUGGCCAUGCACGUGCUGACGCACAACCUGAGCCACAAGUGCCCCGUGUGCGGCAAGGCGUUCUCGCGGCCCUGGCUCCUGCAGGGCCACAUGCGCUCGCACACCGGCGAGAAGCCGUUCGGCUGCGCCCACUGCGGCAAGGCGUUCGCCGACCGCUCCAACCUGCGCGCGCACAUGCAGACGCACUCGGGCCUCAAGCACUUCCGCUGCGCGCGCUGCCACAAGUCGUUCGCGCUCAAGUCCUACCUCAACAAGCACCUCGAGUCGGCCUGCUUCAAAGAGGACGGCUGUGUCUCCUGGCCCGUGGAGGACUCGCUGGACGGCCUGCAACCGCUGUAAGCUGGGGGCUCCCCACCGGCCGACACGCGGCCUCACAGAGUGAACCCGCCAUUCGGUGGCGCCCGUUCUUGUGUACGCGUCGCAGGCUAAGCAGGCGCCCUCCAAAUCAACGAAUCUCCACGAUGGGGCACAAUCCUCGCCACGGUCAUUCAUCACCUUGUCUGAUACUCGGCAGCAGCUCGCGGUAAUUAAAAAAACGCUUGGCACACAAGUGUGUCAGGGUCUGCCGCAAAAGUUUCGACACAAUCCACGGUCUUGGGACGUGUCAUUGCCAGAAAAUCACUUAAACUGUGGUCUGCAAAGGAUAGUCAUUUUAUGACGUUGUACAAGAAACCAAACAUGUCAUCAUUCAUAAUGAAACAUUUAAAGUCAGUCAAAGUACCACCGUUGAGUUCUUCAUCUCGUUCCUAUCCGUUAGGUGGCAGCCACGAAGUCAGAAAUGCUUGUCUAGUUUACAUUUUGAAAGUUCUUUUGCUAUUUUACUUGUUGUUGGGGGCCUCGAGUAGUAGCACUCUUCUAUUCAUAUUUAUAUCUCUGCACUAAACAAUUCGCGUAGCCAGCCGAGACCUCCCACAAGUUCGAAGUGCCACGGCUGCUGUAGAAUGGCAGGGGGCAAUGUGGGAAUGUAGUGGCUCCGUUACGAGACGGAACAACUUAUCACUGCAACACAGUGGCGCAAACAAAAACUGCAGUUUGCUUUGCAGCAUCGAUCGCUAAGCAUAAACUGUUUGCUUUAGCGCACAUCCAAUCAACAGUGUGCCGCUGGGCACUUAUUUACGCAAAGCGCUUUCGUCGAUGCCAUCCGUAGUCACUGGCACCAAGCGACAAAAUGAACGAAGAAAGCAGCUCUAAUAAGUUGCACGACGCAACCAAACGAAGCAAUAACCUCGACUAUCGUACGCGUCUAUGCAAUGGUAAUUACCUCUUUCGUUGCUUUCGCAAGGAUAAUUGUAAUCCACGUGCUAGUAUCUGAAAGAGCGCUCAUUUUGAA